AUGGAGAACCAACCGAGAAGAUACGGUGUGAUUUUGUACGAUGGUUUCCAACUCAUCGAUGUUUGUGGGCCACUCGACGUCCUCAACAGCCUUUCGGCCCGCGUCCCAGGCAUCAGCCUUUCGCUCAUUGCGGAGGAUACCUCCCCAAAGUCCACCAUCCCCAAAGAAUGGCCUGCAAAUAUGGGAAUGUCGCCUUUUUCAACGUCGCAGACCUUGCAGCCCACUCACGAUUUCAAGACUGCCCCCGAACUCGAUGUCCUCAUUGUUCCCGGAGGCAUGGGCUCCUUCGACCCCGUUAGAACCGGCAAACCCAAUCCAGCCGUGGUUGACCCAAUUGUCGAAUUCGUGCGGGAUCGAUAUCCAAAGUUGAAAUAUCUGCUCACCGUGUGCACAGGGUCUGGGAUCGUUUCCCAGACCGGCCUGCUUGACGGCAAGAGGGCAACUUUGUUCAAGGGAGCAUGGGAGGUCAUCCCCAAGUGGCGGCCCCAGGUUCAUUGGCAGCCGAGGGCCAGGUGGACAGAAGAGGGGAACAUAUGGACAUCUUCCGGGGUGUCUAGCGGCAUAGACUUGAUGUUUGCUUUUGUGAAGCAUAUUCAUGGUGAUGAAAUUGCCCAGGACAUUUCGGUGUGGAUGGAAUAUAGCAGGCAAUUGAAUCCCGACGAUGAUCCAUUUGGGAUCACCGUUGCAGAAGAACGCGAGUGA